CGACAAACAUAAACAAGACGAUCGCGGCCCUAGCUGGAGGUGUGAGGAGCCUCCGGAGGGCGCUAAACUAGUCUAACUAGUCCUUAGGCCCCGGUCAUCGACUUUCCCCUCGUUAUUAUUAAACUCCUCCCAGUUAUCGCGCGCUAUCGCGCGUAUCUCCCUUCAUUACUACUACUACUACUACUACUACUACUUCUUCUCCCCCCGCCCCCAAAACAAUCACUCUCUUUGCCUUCCCCCCUCCUCCUCCGUGGCUCAACCCUCCAUACACCUGCAGCUCAUUGUGUGGUCCCUCCACCUGCGCCUGAUCUUAUUGAUCUUGAAGGGUUAUAUGGAGGGGAGUCUCGAGUGUUGCGACCGCCCUUCGUCCGGACGAUGAUUACACCUUCCCCUCCGACCUCGAUCUGACCUUCGCUUUGCUCACUCCCGACUGCGCGCGAUUGCGCAUUCCCUUCUGACUGCGUCGCUCCUUCUCAAUUUCGGUCCUCAGUAGAUCACUAACGAUCGCGACCACGUUUUGCUCAACUUUAAUUCACUCACUCGCACCAGGCAACUGCUACAGGCCCCUCCCACCAUGGCGGUCAACGCAACUGCGCCUGCGGGCACCACGAUGUCGGACCUGCCGUUAGAAUAUCUCAGUCUUUACCAUACCGUCGAUCCCUACCUCUCCUCUAUCCUAGUCUUCUAUGGCCCCGUUGCGACAGCCAAUGCCACUGUGAGCAGCUCGCGCAUUCAAGCGCACAUCUUUACACCUGCCGGUUUCCAAACCUAUUCACGAAUCACCAUUUCACCCGCCGCACCGCUAUAUGCUGCAGUCAACCAUCUACCACGCGAGAAACAAGGUGACCCGGUGGCCCGGGCGCUUGCGGUCAGCAUGUUGAAGUAUUUUGCUGAGCUGUCAGACCCGCUGAGGAAGCGGCUGACGGACCCCGCUCGGACGGGUCUGCGCGAGAAGACUCCAAAGCUAUUUGAUGAAAUGCAUGCUGCAGAAUUGGCUAAUCGCAUGGUCAAAGUCGAGGACUCUUCAGAUAUCGUGCGCGACAUUCGGAGUGCUUAUCAGGAACGUAGAGUCCCUUGGAUUGAUAUGGAUGUGGUGCUCCCGGCGGGAGGCAUUCAAUUCCCUCCGCGGCGGGAUAGCGCUGGCUCGGAGGUUGAAGCUACACAAACGAUUCAAUAUGGCCCGUAUACACCUCUCAUCCAGGCCUUGGGGGAUCCGAUGUUUUUGCCCACAUCACGACUCAAGCGAGCACCUUCACAGCCAACCAAUGUUAGCAAGUCGAGGAUCUUUACACGCAACCAGAAAGAGGCCCUUCGAUUGACAAUGUGUGAGUUUGUGGAUACCGAGGAGCGAUAUGUUGCAAAAGUGUACUCCUUGGUUCACGAGGUGGCAGAUGAAUUUCAGCAAAAGGCGCAACGCAAAGGACCCGCGAGCGCUAGCCCGGAUGAGAAGGCGUUAGAAGCCCUCUUUCCACCCUGUUUGAAUGAGAUCCUGGACGUCAAUCUGGGGUUUCUCGAUGUAAUCCGACACGUACUUGAGGAAACGGAGAGAGAUGCCCUCGAAGAUAUCAGUCAAGACACCGAACUACCCACAUCCGGCUCACAUCGCGGCUCAUCGAAGGAGGCUAGGGAUGCUAUUGGCGCAACCGUGUUUGCUAGAGCAUUGCUGGACUGGCUACCCCAGUUCUCACUACCUUAUGCGAAUUACAUGCGAGCGCAUACUGGGUUCACGCAAACGCUGAACUCUUUCAUGAAAGACAAAACUUCAAGCUUUUCUCGGCGAGUCUACGAGACUGGGGAGCAGAGACUCCGAUCGUUGCUGAUGGAACCUGUCCAACGGCUUCCUCGGUACAGCCUUUUGAUUGACACCAUGACAAGCAAUCUGCCGCUAGUCCACCCUGCCGUCCGCCCUUUACUAAAAGCUCGAGAUGUUGUGAAAGAUAUCUGUGCGCUGGACAACGCUUCUCCGUCUGGCCAUGCACAAAGUCUACGGCGUUUGAGGGAACUUGUUGAUGGAUGGCCGGCGACAACCUUCCCCGAGGGUCGUCUGAUUACCGCAGUGGAUGUCAAUGAGAUCCCACCUCCGUACCAGCUGGACGCUAAGGCUUCUGGAUCGCCAGCCGGAAUCAUGCUGCUCUACAAGAAUUGUUUGGUUCUUCUCGUCAAGCCCUCCGAAAGUCGGACUACUGCGCGUGGAUUGUUAGCCGAAAUUGAUAAUGCGGCGUCCUCAACCGGCGAUGCUACUAUGUCCAUACCCCCGGCAGAGCUCAAGGUCGUUCAAGUGUUCGAACUUCAUGCAAUCCGCUGUACGCAGUCUGCUUGCGGUCGGAUUCUCUUCAUUGUACCCGCCACUCUCCCACUGGGCUCCGUUCCGGUGGACGAGGGCGAUGAUAUUCUGGCUCUGGAACUAACAGCCAUGUAUGAAGCCAAGGCCAGCCGACUGAUCGAAGAAAUCACGAAGGCGCUAAUCGAAGGGCGUUUCUCUGAACAAGAACGUGAGGGUGGCAAAUGGACCUUGCGCAGCCCUCCCGCAGCCCCAAACACGACGGGCAUCCUAGCGUGUGUCUGCGAAGAGGGACAGAGCUUCGCGCUCAACCAGGCUCAGGCGUCGUCAAUCCGGCUAGUCUUUGACACUCCAAAAGCCAGAUGUACUGAGAUCUUGAAUGGAUCUAAUCUUGAUGUUGUGGUGUCAAUAACCCCAUCCAAUGGCGACCAAUUCAGGCUGGAAAUUGAUUCUGUCAUCGGCUCUCCGUCCACGGAUAUUGUAUCUGCAGAGACAUUCGUUCCGACCCUUUCCAAACGCUUGCAAUCUCUGCUUUCGCCUUUGAACAGCACCCGAAAUCCAAAGUUGAUGAAGCCAUUGGUCCAUUCAAACUUCGAAAUCCUCCGGUAUAUCACGGGUGGCUUGAUCACACAGGUCAAGUCCUCACGCAGCUUCCGACCUCCUUCUGCCACGAAGCUCAUAUCGAACCUUCUGGGAGGUAGCCGUGAGAGUGUCCCGACCAUCAAGCACCCAAAUUCAGCGACUCUGCUGGGUGAAUUCCCAAAGAUGCCUCCACCUAGGGCUACUCUUUCCAGAUCCAAUACCCUUCCUUCUACUUUCCCCGGAAAGGAGAAGGACAAGGAAAAAGAAAAGGAGAAGGAGAAGGGAAAAGAAGAUAGUGGGAGCAAGAUCUCGGUGGUUGGAGCAUCGGGCGCUCAUGGGCCGGAUGGCCAACUGGGAUCACUAGAGCAAACCUUUGCCGCCUACGUGCUUUCUCUGCAAUCCCGCAGCGGUAAUAUUCUUGGGCGAAUGCUUCGCGCUAGAGACCAUGCUGACCGUGCACCUGUAAAUGAGCUUUACAAUAUCCUGCUGGAAGACCCCAGCAAGUUACAAGCAGCCGCGGAGGUGCCCGUUGACACGCUUUUUGUUGCCUUCGAAACGUUCAUGAAGAAUGCCUGGAAAGCGAGCAUGGGGCCGGUAUUGGACCCCUCAGCACUCAAGCUGCUUCAGAACCAGUUUGAUACCAUGUUUCCGCGACAUUUCGAGGAGAAUUUCCGAAAGUUUCUGGUAGAAAUCAGCCCACAGAACCGCCGGGCGCUGGCUGCAAUUAUUCGUCUUCUUGCUGAGCUGCUAGACGCUUCAGGAAAUGACGGGGAUCGUGGCGCUCUGACCGUGGCAUUUGCCGAGGUCAUUACAGAAGAGGGAGAUCCUGUGCAGCACGUGUCCCUUUUGGAUCGCCUAGUCGAUGACUUUGACAAUCUCUUCGAAGACUUUAUUCCUGGCGGAGCUUCGGUGGAGGGAACACUCAGCUGCGACCAGACCAAGACUUCGCACGCCAAUACAGGUUCCGUGAGCUCAAAUAGUUCUUCAUUCCGGAAGCGCUUCGGGUUUAGUCUACACAAAGAGACCUCGAAGGCCGAAGGGGAGAGCAAAGUUGCAUCGAUCCUGCGAACUUUGAGCAAGAGACAGAGUCCAGGCGAUUCGGAGCCUAACACACCCAGGGGUUCCUUGCUUCGCUCCAAAUCCACAGAUGUGGAUGCUCGCCUAGGAUUCCUUCGGCCUACUUCUCGUGAUCGUCCUUAUGGAUUUGCGUCCGAGGAGCAAAUUUCUAGGCCAGGCACUGGACAUGGGCAGCCGCCAUCCUUGUCCUCCAUCCGAGGAAUAUCUCAUGAUGGCGUGGUUAAAAUUCGGAGAAAGCGAAGGAGUUCCUUGUCUGAUCUUCGCCCUGAUACAGCCUCUUCGGAUGCAUCGCACAUCUCAGCCACCCCCUGCUUGCGCCCAGUGACCCCAUCAAGCCGACCGCGAGCCGAGAUAACCACGCCAACAAGCCAAUCUCGGCCCCAGAGCAGCUACCUAGUGUCACCCUCUAGACCUACUUCGCCCGCCAAGGGAACCUCGCCUACUCGUCUGGGAUCGCCGAUUCGGCAGACAUCACCAACUCGCCCUUCUACCCCAAGCAGGAAGGAAAACAUCGAUCCCAGAGUGCCUUUGACUGAGAGGUCGAUCAAGUCCAAGAACCACAUUCUCGACUUUACAAGCCAGGAAACGGAGCGGCGAUCCCGCGCGACUAGCAUUCCGCAGCGGACCCCGGGCCUUCGGGAGCGCGCUCCCGUGAAUGGUCCCGAAAUCAAGCGACCACAGUCCUCGUCCUCAUCUCAAAAGCCGCAGAGGCUGCGGAUGCAAAGUCCUCAGAAGCUUCGCGAGCGUGUUCGAACCGAAAAGAAUAACCAAGCUACCAGCCAAUUCGGGUUCCGGGACGACUUGAGGGCUCUUGGUGAUGAACUGAACAAUCUCGGACUUGCUGCGCAUAACAAACCCCAUAUGGAGCCAAGCAUGCCCUCUUCGGAUGCAAGCCAAUCUUUGGGAGCUGCAAUGUCCCUCGAAAGCCGCCUAAAGAGUCUUGAGGAGCGAUUUGACACCAUGUCUGGCGAAUACAAUGGCCGCACAUCUGCUCUUGAGAAAGACUUGGAGUCUUCUCUGAUCGUGAGCGAAAAGCGUGUGAGGAAGCUUGACGAGCUAUACCGAGAGGCUAGUGCUGAGAACGAAGCACUCUACGAUCGGUUCAACUCGGAGCUCAGCAAGAUCGCUAAGGAUGUCCGAAGCGGCAGUGCAGAGGAAGCUAUGAAGUCUCAACUGGCGAAUGCACUGGAGGAAAUCAGCCGCCUCAAGAAAGAGAACUUCCGGCUCAAACGGGAAGUUGGAGGUCUCAGAGCCCAAUCAGCUGCUGUUGCAUUGCUACGAGCCAGUGAACAAUGAUUUCUACUUUCUAAUUGAUCUGCAGCCUUGCUCCGAACCCGAGCAUCUCACUACACUCGUUGGUUUCAUUUUUCCUACCCCACUUAUCUCGACACACACGUCGAUCUUCUUUUUUUUUUCUGUGAUACCACAUCUAUUCUCUCCUUUAUUUUCUCCUGGCAUCUCAAGGUCGGGUUCCUAUUGUGUAUUGAUCGGCAUAAUACUGUUAUUCUUAUUUGUUGUCACCUAUCACCCCCUAACCCUCAUGCACAGAUGGGUUCGGAUCAUGCAUAGCACCGGAGAGUAUGUUUGCAGGGCUUUCCUUUCUCUUUUAAUUCUGGUUCAUACCUCAUCGUCGUGUACACUAGCCGAUUCAGCUUCAACUUUGCCGGGCCCGCCCAUAAGGCGAAUUGCCUCGGUGUCAACCAUUUUGUACAUCCAUUCCCAUGUCACUCUCCAUUUCUCUUCCCCGUAAGUAAAUUCUAUCGCAUUGGGUCCUCUUUUCUUGGACAAUGCAUCCAACGGGAAAUCAAGAGUCGGUAGAGCUAUGAGUUGCUCAGCCUCCUUGAUUGCUGGCUGUGGCGAUGCACCUGGCUUUUCCACGGCUAGCGCUGGAAGCGUAAAACGUGCGGAACCGGGUGCGUUUUCGGAAAGACGAUCCUUUAAGAAAAUAUGGAUCAUUGCAGAAAAUCUUUUCUUGCUGCGUUUCAUCUCUGGGAGCAGUGAAGGGUCGAUGCGGAUCUUGGAAAGAUCGGGCUGUUGGAGUGGACGGAUGACGAGGGUCAUAUUGCGAGUCUUGCUGGACCGGUUCCCUUGCUUUUUCUCGGCAGAUAUUACUUUAAAUCGGAACCAGUAUCUGUCAUCCCAUAAUGUCCACGGAGUAUGACCCGUAGGCGAUUUAAAUUCUGUCGAGUGCUUGCCAUUCGGGAUUUGAAUAUCGAGCCGAGAGACGGUGCCUUUGUUCUUGAAGAAUGGCUGACGAGACAAUAGCCAAAUGUUGUUGCCACCAGGGACCUGGCCCCGGGUAUCUUUCACGGUGAGGGGUUGAAGCAGGACGCCCCCCAGAGUGAAAUUCUGCCGAGAAGCUGGUGAUGAGUUCGAUGAUUCAGAUGCAUUACCAUCGUGGCCUUCUUCUUGAGAGGUAAAUACACGCGAGACGAAUGGCUCGUAACUGCGCACUGGGAAAUGAUUUCCAUGGAAAGGCGAGAUGAUUCCAGUAAUGCGCCGGAGAGUGAGAGCUUGAAUUUGGAAGAGGCGAGACGGGGAUAAUUGAGACUUCAGAGGAUCUAAGAAUGAAGGGAGAUCCCGAAUCUGAAGAACCAUUGUACCCGCUUGUAAAUUCAGGUCGAGAAUACGACAUUUUGAUGCAAGGAGCUUGUUUGAAAACUCGGUCGAUGUGUGAAGGAAGGCUUGACUUGAGCGUAUCAAGGAGAGGAUAGACGGUGCUCGCAAUGCCCUUGGUAAAGAGUCGGAGGCGAGCAUGCUGCGGAUCGCAUUGCGCGGGGUCAGAGUCGGGUCGAAAUUUGUUGGAUCAGAAACGUAGGGUAUUUUGUUCUGGUGGCAGGUCUCCAAUAAGCUGGUUUUGGGAAAUGAAAGGAGUGGGCGACAGAUGUGAAUCCCGCCGGUUGCGACGGAGACACCUGGCAAGGCGGAUUUGUUUGUUAUAUCAGGCGAUGAAAGUCUCACGGAUUGGUGUUUACUGGAGUCUUUCUGGGUCAUAGUUGGAUUGAAUAUGAUACUGCCUUUGUUCUUGUCGUCGAUUUGGACAUGGAAUGCUUCCCGACCAUGUCUGCCGUGCUUAGCCAAUUGGAUGGUGGAACCGCUCUCGGAGACCCCGAAAAGGCCAUGACAUUCUGGGAUUCGAGCAACUUCAGGGAUUCCGGCAAGGCCAGCGCCUCUUCCUCCCGAGCUGAGUCGCCAGAUAGUUGUCUCUACUGUGUCAUCUUGGUGAUGACCCAUGAGCAAGGCGUUGAUACCCCUCUCACGGCAAGCCGUACCAAGGGCUCGAAAUCGCAAAUGACGGGCGUGUGUUUCAAACGCCGAUGGCAGAGGCGAGUUUUCUUUCUCCAGGCCUAAACGGUCUUGCUUUGCGAAGCGAGCCCAGUCCAGCUCCAGAAUCUUUGUUUUGAU